UAUUCUCAAUUGCCUGAGAAUCGAAGGCGUUGCGGUGUAUAACUUAAGCGUCGAGACGCAGUCAGCUAACGAGGCUCAAGUUGACUAGUCAGUUUCAGUGAGCCCCAAUACCACACAUCACCUCAUACAUUUUUAUUCCACACUUAACACCGGUCCCAUAAACCAACAGCAAAAUGGCGGACGAUGAUCGUAAAAAACUGGAUGAGGAAAAGAAGAGGAAACAACAAGAAAUCGAGCGCAAACGGGCUGAAGUCCGUGCUCGUAUGGAGGAAGCCUCUAAAGCCAAAAAGGCAAAGAAAGGUUUCAUGACCCCUGAAAGAAAGAAGAAACUCCGAUUAUUGUUGAGAAAAAAAGCCGCCGAAGAAUUGAAAAAAGAACAAGAACGUAAAGCCGCCGAAAGAAGACGUAUCAUUGAAGAACGUUGCGGUUCACCAAAAGAUAUUGACAAUGCAAGCGAAGAUGAAUUGAAGGAGAUAGUUAAAGAAUAUUUUGAACGCAUGUAUGUGUGUGAGGAACAAAAAUGGGAUUUGGAACGUGAAGUCCGAAAAAGAGACUUUGAGAUUGCCGAUCUUAACAGUCAAGUAAAUGACCUCCGUGGUAAAUUCGUAAAACCAACAUUGAAGAAGGUAUCCAAAUAUGAAAACAAAUUCGCUAAACUUCAAAAGAAGGCUGCCGAAUUCAACUUCCGUAACCAACUUAAAGUUGUAAAGAAGAAGGAAUUCACCCUUGAAGAAGAAGACAAGGAGGCUCAGAAAAAACCUGACUGGUCCAAGAAAGGUGACGAAAAGAAGGUAAAAGAAGAGGAAGUUGAAGCAUGAACAUCUUCCAAAACCCUUUAAUUAUCCUUCUAUUUUUAUAUAAAUUAUAUAAUAAUACUUCACCUGUGGGCAUUCAUCAUUGUAUGCUGACUCAAAAAAAACAAAAAAAAAACUGUACUUUAUUAACAAAAAUGUCCAUCCUAUAAAUGUAAAACACUUAAAAUUUUCUUUUUGUAUUUAAUAACUUUAUUGUGGUAUAAUAUUUUUAUCAAAAAAAAAAGUGAAAUACAUAACAAUUUAUGUUACACCAAAUUUUCACAUUUGUGUCUUUACCAUCAAACAAUUAAUUCAUAUAUAAAUUAAAUUAAAUUAAUUAUUAUUAUGUUUGGAGAAAUAUAAAAAAUUAAAGAACAUCAAAUUUUCCUUUUCUAUCACUUAAUAACAUUUGUGUUUUUUUUCAUAAAAUUCUACGUCAAAUUCCGAAUAAAUAAUAUCUCUUGUGAGCGUAAUUUUUAAUGUGUGGGUGGCACUCAAAUUAUUAUUUGUGUUGAACAAGUAAAUUUUCUCGCACUGAAUGGACAAUUAUUAGGCACUGGGUGGAAAGUCGUAC